CUUUCUCACAGCAGGAUGACACGUUUAGAUCCUUCAUCACACCGGAACAAUGCACGAACAUGGAUGGAGGAGGCACGGAAUCGAGACAGCUUCGCUCGCCGCUCCUCCGUCCCGCACGGGAGUUCGAAAGUUGAUAAAGAUCGAGAAAGUGGAUUUUUCUCUCUGGGUCGUGUAGCUGGUGCUCAGACAUUAAGAGAUAAAAGUCCUUCUCCUCAUCGUCAUGCUGAACGUGGACAUCCUUUACCAAGCAGCCGAAUGCCUGAGCCCAAAGCUGCCAUUCCAUUCCGAAAUCCAGACCUUGGUGUUCCUUCGCAGAGAAGAACCUCUGAAAUCCAGAAUCCAGAUCUGGCACCAGUGCCAGUGAACUCCUCUCCAGAACCCGUGGACCUCUCUAUCGAAGUCGAGGCUCAGGCAGGUCCAAGAUCUUUAAGUCCCACACCAUUUAAGCAAGCCGAAUCAUUGGCUGCGUCCCAAAAAAGAGGAUUCCGGGCAUCAAAUUCAUCUUUGAGUCAGUUUGGAAAUGUAUUUUCCUCCACAAAAGAUUCACACUUUUCACACUCUUCAUCUCCAUCCCGAAGUUCCUCUCCUUUCAAACGGACCGAGUCUGUCACCUCGCUAUCUUCUCGUGGGUAUAAGAUGGACAAUGUUUCAGAGAGACGAGACCAUCAAUCCAAAAGCCCCAAUAGGGAUUCAUUUGGCCAGCCAGAUAAAUCUGAAACCGCUCGGAAAAACUUCAGAUCUUUUGCUAGCACUGUCGGUGCUGUCAGUAAUCUCACUAAGUCCCAGUCAAGCCCAUAUGCUGACCUGAAAGCCGGUUUAAGAAAGACAGAACACAAUGGUCUGGGAACCAAAACCCAAACUCCCUCCUUUGCAAAGCAGAACCAGGAUGCCAGUGGCCAAUCACUUCUCCGGAAAACAGAAACGAAAAACUUUUCAAAUAAUCAGAAGAAAAGUGAAAGUCGAAACUCCUCACCAUCCAGGAGCAGCAGCCAGUCAAUUCUGAAGAAAGUGGUUGAAGGUUGGCGAAGUGCUUCACCUGUAAGAAAGGGCUAUGGGACGGCCAGCCAACCAGAAAAGAGUCUCAUUUCAAAUAAGAGAAGUCAUAACAGUUCCUCUCCUUCUAAAAAGAGCUUUGAGGUUAGCAGCCUAUCAUUGCAUAAAUCCGACACCAAAAGACACUCCUCCCCUGCAAGGCGGAGCAAUGAUGCACCUACUAAACAAACAUUGUUGCACAAAAGUGUAUCAGACCGAUCUUCUGGUAACCGAAGUCCCUCCCCAUCAAAACGGAGUUAUGACCCUCCUGGCCAAUCACAUUUCAAAUCAGAGCACAGCAAUUUUUCAGGAUCGAUUCGAUCUUCUGGUAACCGAAGUCCCUCCCCAUCAAAACGUGGCUAUGACCCUCCGGGCCAAUCACAUUUCAAAUCAGACCACAGCAAUUUUUCAGGAUCGAUUCGAUCUUCUGGUAACCGAAGUCCCUCCCCAUCAAAACGUGGUUAUGACCCUCCUGGCCAAUCACAUUUCAAAUCAGAGCACAGCAAUUUUUCAGGAUCGAUUCGAUCUUCUGGUAACCGAAGUCCCUCCCCAUCAAAACGUGGUUAUGACCCUCCUGGCCAAUCACAUUUCAAAUCAGAGCACAGCAAUUAUUCUGGAUCGAUUCGAUCUUCUGGUAACCGAAGUCCCUCCCCAUCAAAACGUGGUUAUGACCCUCCUGGCCAAUCACAUUUCAAAUCAGAGCACAGCAAUUUUUCAGGAUCGAUUCGAUCUUAUGGUAACCGAAAUCCCUCCCCAUCAAAACGUGGUUAUGACCCUCCUGGCCAAUCACAUUUCAAAUCAGAACACAGCAAUUAUUCAGGAUCAAAUCGAUCUUCUGGUACCCGAAGUCCCUCCCAAUCAAAAAGGAGUUUUGACCCUCCUGGCCAAUCACAUUUCAAAUCAGAGCACAGCAAUUAUUCAGGAUCAAAUCGAUCUUCUGGUACCCGAAGUCCCUCCCCAUCAAAACGUGGUUAUGACCCUCCUGGCCAAUCACAUUUCAAAUCAGAACACAGCAAUUAUUCAGGAUCAAAUCGAUCUUCUGGUACCCGAAGUCCCUCCCCAUCAAAAAGGAGUUUUGACCCUCCUGGCCAAUCACAUUUCAGAUCAGAGCACAGCAAUUAUUCUGGAUCGAAUCGAUCUGGUACCCGAAGUCCCUCCCCAUCAAAACAGAGUUAUGACCCUCCUGGCCAAUCACUUUUCAAAUCAGAGCACAGUGAACGGGGACGGACUAUAAUACACAAAACUGUCAGUGAACCCAGGUUUGAGUCUAUGUCCCACAUGAGGAAAUCAACUAAUAGCAGCAUAGCAGGAUCAUGGCGAGGUUCCACACACUCUCUCGACAGCCCACCGAUAUCCCGUAACCCCUCUCCUACUAGGAAGUCCAGUGAAAGCAGGCUGGUUGCUGUUCAAAAAUCUGCCCAUGUUUCCUGGAGUACAAGUGACAGGAAACAGGGUCAGGAUAAGCAUAGCUCCUCCUGCCGGAAUAGAAGCCCCUCCCCCUUAAUGAGAAAUCACACUUCUUCUCAGAGCUCAAUAGAUUCAAUUAUGUCAAGCGGCUCGUCCGGUUUGAACAGAGAGGAAUAUGUCAUUAUGGCCGACCUUCCGAAGGACAAGAGGGUCCUCCAGAGGACGAGGCCAAACCAGAGGGAGGAAACUGAGAAAGGAAACAGAGACGAAACCUCGUUAUACAAACCUGCCAGCCACUCCCACACUAAAGCUGUCCACAUCACCUGGGACGACAUGACAGAUCAACGAGGAAAUACCUCCCCUACACACACGCCUUCACAAACACAGGGAGGUAAGAUGGAGCAGGGGAAGGACGACAAAGUUCACCAGCCUGAUCUGUUGAACUUUAAGAAAGGAUGGAUGUCCAAACUGGACGAAAAUGGAGAGUGGAAGAAGCACUGGUUUGUGCUGACAGAUGCUGGACUGAAAUACUACAGAGACUCUGGAGCUGAGGAGAAGGAUGAGUUAGAUGGGGAGAUCGAUCUGCGCUCAUGUUUGAAAGUCUCUGAGUUUGAUGUGGAGAAAAACUAUGGCUUUCAGAUACAGACGGCGAGUGGUGUGUUCACUCUCUCAGCUAUGACUGCGGGAAUCCGGAGGAACUGGAUUGAGGUUUUGAGGAAAAACAUCCGACCGAGCAUUACACCAGAUCUUACACAACUUCCAGACAGCAGUAGUGAUAAAGAAGCCUCCCGUCACCAGUCGUCUCGUCGCCAGUCAGAAACCUCCUCCACUCCUGCUCACACCCAGCGCAGAUUUGAUUACGUUGAGCUGUCUCCUGUAGCCACACCCACGCUUUCUGCCCCAACCAAUCAGAGAGAGGCAGGGGAAGGGCAGGUGCGAGAGCACGGCCAGGGUCAUGAGGACAAGAGCCGUAGCGUGCAGCGGGAGUCUGUGACAUCACGCAAGUGGCCGGGGAAAACUCCAGAACAGAAACAACUAGAGGAGGAGAUCGAGAGGAAGUGGGAGGAGUUUGAGCGUCUGCCUCUCAAACCAACGGUGUCGCUGUCUGCAUUGGGAUCGCUGCAGAGGGAGGUGGCAUCUCUGACACAGCAGGCAGAGUGUGUGCGGGGUGAAGGGGGUGUGUGUGUGCAAGGGUGUGUGUGUGAGGGUGGGGUGUGUGUGUGUAGUAGUGUGAGUUUGGAACAGAUGGAGUGUGCUCACAGACACGCGCUGGAGGAACAGCAGAGGAAACACGAACGCCAGAUCAUAGAAAUGGAGAGAGAGAAACUGAGACUAUUGAAUGAAGAGACUCAAGCUACGGCUCAUGCGAUGGAGGCUCUAAAAAAGUCCCAUAAAGAAGAAUUGGAGAGAGAAAUGCAGAAAGUUAAACACAUGACAACACAAACAGCUGGUACACACAGUGUCCGAGACCAGCAACGGCAGGAGCUCAUGUCUCUGAAGAGGGAGCUAGAAGGUUUAUCAGAACGCUACUCUCAGAAAUGCCUGGAACUCAACAGAGAACAGCAGAACAAUGGUGAGAAAGAACGACAGAUCAGCAUGAAGGAGAGAGAGAUGGAGCAACUGCGCAGACAAAACCAGGACCUUCAGUCUCGGUUAACAGAGGAGAUACGGCGCGUGCGCUCAUUUGUCACAGGUCAGAGGUCAGAGGAGGUCGUCCUCGACAGCAACAAGGGGAGAUCCGUGUGUGAACUGGAGGUGCUCCUGAGAGUGAAGCACAAUGAGUUGGAAUACUUGCACAAAGAGAUCACUUGUUUAAGGAAUGAAGUGCAGUUCCUCAAUACGGAGAAGCAGAGUGUGUGUGUGCAGUAUCAAGAUGUUUGUGAAGAACUGAAGGUGAUGAAGGAAAGGAGUGAAAAAGAGGUUCAGACACUUCGAGAACAUCUGCGACUCGCCGUCGCCGCCCUGCAGGAGGAGCGAGGACUGCACAAUAGCAUCUAACACACUCAUAUGGUUGAAAGGGAAGAGCCAACAAGACCAUGUGCCUUUUUUUAUUGCGUCAGCCAAU